AUGGGGCUUGACGUAGCAACUGGGAGGGGCGGGGCUUGCGGUUCGUGUUCGAGGGGCUCCCGUGGAUCCGCCGACAUUCCCGGUCUGUCCGUCUUUCCACUCAUCACCGGAUCUGCGCUGCCCGUGCACCAGCCGUGACUCCGCGCACCAUCCCGUCUCCUCCGUCUCCUCCGUCUCCUCCUCCUCCUCCUCCGACACCAAGGACACCGGCACCGGCACCGGCCACCAUCCGCGCAGUUGUUUCAAGAUGAAGAUUGAUACCAGCCUGACUAUGCCCCAGCUGCCAGAGGCCCUGUCCCAGGCUGGCCUACAGUUUGCAGUGGCGACCGAGGAGGACUUCGAUGAGAUCAUGGCUAUGAGCCAGGACAUCUAUGGAGGCCUUGACUACUUGCCCACCAGAUACACCAACUGGCUGCAGGAGAGUAACCGUACAGUCAUAUUGGCCCGCAAACAUGGAAAAGUGAUUGCUCUGGAGUCGGUGUGUGUGAUUGAUGAUGGGGAGACCAUGCUGGUGGAAGGUCUCCGCGUUGCCCCUCAGGAAAGGGGCAAGGGCGUGGCAGGAGUUCUGCUGCGCUUUUGCUCUGAACUGGUCAAGUCCAAGUAUCCAGAGGUCAAAGUAAGCCGCCUGACUCGUGAUGACCAGCUCGGACCAAAGGACUUCCAGAAGUACCGCAUCAUAACCAAGCAGGGUAUUCUGCUGGUGCGCUUCAGAGCUGAGGAUCUCAAGCUCCGACUGUCUGAGCUUGGUGUGGGUGGAGACAUCCAAUCCUCUUUGUCCACCUCCUCCUCUAACUGUCCUCUGGUGCGUCUUGACCAUACAGCUAUCCAACGGCUGUAUCUGACCACCGACUUGAUGCGGGGGGUCCUUCCCAAUGCCACCAUCAUUCAAGACUGGCAGCCAUUCAAGCUUUUGCCCAGUAACAUGGCCAUCCUCCUGAAGAAGGACAUUGAUUGGAUGGUGGAUGAUGUGUCCAGCCCCACUGUGGCCAGCCUGUGUACCUUCCCUUUCAGGGUGCCCAUUGGAGAUGACUGGUAUUACCUGAAUAUUGACAUGUUCGGUAAAGACCUGGACCUGGUUCGGCAGCAGUUCUUGUGCCACCUGCAGCGCCACACCACCACCCUGAAGGGUCAUGUGAUGUGCCAGAUGUUCCUGGACCCACCGCUCUGGAAGCCCAUGGCCGAUUUCUGCCAGAACACCUUGGGUGUGGAGCUGGUGAAGGAGUACACCGAGCAGUGCGUGGUGGAGUCAGACGUCGUCUAGUUACUGAAGGUGGAUGGAAAGGAGUAGAAGACGAAGACACCAGAAAGGAUUAAAGACAAGGGUCUAGACCACGAUGAAUGGACACAACUCAAUUACACUUUACGGAAAAAAACAAAACCCCUCGGUCCUGAGGAGACAGAAUCCCAGGAAACAAAAUGUAGUUUCUGCAAAACAAAACUACUAACAAUGCAGCGAGUUCAAAUCAACAGUUAAAAAGCAAAUACACAGCGUGGACAUAAAAUCACAAACACAUCACGUAAUCAGCUACAAUAAGUCUCUGACAUAGCACAUUUCUAAAGUUUUUAAAAUGGAAUUGGUUUCAGAGAUGUGUUGAUACAACCAUUCAUUUCUUUUUUCAUUAGUGUUUUUAAGGCUGUAGUUUUGAGGUGAAUUUAAUAUUUAGUGCAGCCAACAUAAAGUAGGGAGAUUAAAUAGCAUAAUCCCACCGGCCUAUUUUGGAUCGGUGGGAUUAUGCUAUUCAAUCUCCUACUCCUACCAAAUAUCUCAAAUUUCAUUAAGUCAAAAACGUCAUUGUUAUCAAUGCUGAUGUGACUGUAUCCUAGCGCACUCCAACACUAGAAACUAUAGCCUCAAAAAUGACAAUAGAGUAGGAUCAUCAUUUUUUUGAUUUAGCUUGAAUUUGAGUUGUAUUACAGUGAUUGCAGGUGUUUUUGAUAUUAUGUUCACCCUGUAUGUCUUAUGACAUGGAAAGGUGCAGUAAGAGUGACGAGCCUGGGGAAGCUUUCUCACACUAACAGCAGAGAUGAAACCUAAAACUAUAAAAACAGUCAACAUGCAAAUGAUAAGUUCCCUUAGGUCUUCUGAAAUCGUUCAUCGCAGUUCUCUCUGUAAGUAUAACAACUUUGAAAUAUGUACACCGGCUGUGUUACUGGGUUACUAAAUCUGCACACCGCUGGGGGCACUUUAUUAAAACUACACAGACAGGUUGUGUAUAAGUUAGACUGAAAAGGAAUCGUUCAGGAUCAAAUAGGGGUAACUUACAGGUCCCAUCACGUAAUGCUGAUGGAGCGUCUGUUAACUUGCAUUACUUCCAUAACAUGAAUGACACAUCUCUACAGAAGUCAAACCAACAUGCUCUGUCACAAAACGGAUUACAACGGACCCUUCCUUGGGUCCUAGGGUCCUAGUUAUUCCUUAGGCUAUGUCUUUUUGUUUUGUUUAUUAUUAUUAUUGUUAUUGUUAAGGUCCUAAUUUAAUAUUUUUACCUAAAUGCUGCAAUAAAACGUUAACAGAAAUUAUUACCUGCUGAGGAUCUUAAGUGUAAAUUAAGUGUAAUCUAGGCUUACCUUUGUAAAUUGCUAGCAUAAUGCCAAACAAAAAUGCUCAUGCUUGAACCUGUUUAAGAGACUACUGUGCAGUUUACUAAUGGCUUCACUUAAUGCAGGGAGAAGGAGUAGGGUGAAAAUAACCGUGUUAGAAUUAACAGAAAUAUAAUGUUAUAUGUGUAAACAUCCCUAAUAUUAGCGAGCAUUACAUUUCAAGUAAUAGUGUUCCCUCUGUGAUUUAGCUCCAAUAAACUAAUCCCUAGUUUACAGUCUAGAUACGAACAUAAUAUUGCUCAUUAUACAGUGGCUGAGGACAAUACUCAUUUCCGCACAACUGACAUUUGCCAAUUCAAAUCAGGAUACCUUAAACUGAAGUGUAGAUGAGUAGUGAUGACGUGGUUAGGGUGGUAGUUACUGAAUACAAAUUAAAUACCAAUUUUAGUCAUUGGAAAACAUAAUGGAUUAUAUUUGAGAAAAGCAAUCUAAUCUGAAUGUGUUUGGGUUUCCCUUUGGAUUAGGUUUUUAAAAAAAAAUCAAACAUCUAAAAUAUUGUAAGAAAAUGGGUGCAGCCGCAACAUGUUGAGUUCCACAAAUGUUAUUUUUGAAAUUGAAGCGACUCAAAAACAUUUUCAGCAAAAAUGCAUUUUUGUAUAUUCAGCAUUUGUACAUUAGCUAGUGAGCUGAGCCAUCGCUGCCAUUAUCAACCCCACUACCGUGGCAGCUGAAACGCGUCUGGACGUUUCUUCAAUGACGAAAUUGAGGGGCUUUAUUUAUUUUUUUAGGAUCUACGUGUAUGGCACAACUGCGUUUAGUGCAUGUCCAAAUCCACUUUUUGUUUAACUGCAGAAAGAAAGAAAUACACAUGUUGCUUCAGAAAGGCACAAAAGGAUGGUACCUGGCCUCUGGAUCAAUCACGGGCGUGUAUGGGUGUAACAUGCAAUAAACCAAUCAGAGCUCCAUCUCCCAUUCCCUUUAAAAGCCGAGUGAGCUUGCCAUUUGUUGGAUUGCUGUUGUGAUGGUGGACUGGCCAGGCAGUACGACAGCGCACUUCCCUGCAGAAGGAAACAGACCCAUUGGGGAUCUGUCUGUGCGCAAAGGGAAAGCUCCUGAGCAGACCAUGCAACCGCAAUCUAAUUGCACGCGUUUCCAUCGGUGUUGAUCUACCGUGAGCCCCCAGAACAGCCCCGGGGCUCCGUGCCGUAGAUUCCCCAAGUGUGUGAACGAAGUUCUAUUGGAGCGAUAAAACAACAUUGUACCAAAAAAAUAUGAUCUCAUUGGCUGUGUUGGCAGUGGAAAGCAUUGGCGGAAGAUGAAAUCAUCCCAUUUCAGUUCAAUAUCUCAUUAACAUUUGGAGGGAUUGUCAUCGACAUUUAGUGCAGAGAUCCCAGAGGAUGAAUCCUAGUGACCACCAUAGUUUUCAUAGUGCCUCCCAAAAUUUAGAACCCACAUUUAUGUUUCCCUCAGGUUAUAUUGUAAUAACACUGGUGAUCCUCCGACCUUUCAGGUGGCACCAGCUUAUUCACGUUGUCUUAUACUUUGGAUUAUGCCCAAAGACCUGCAAAACUAACGGUAUUCCCAUCAGCUUUAGUCGUCAUUUUCGAAGCGCUGAUUAGCAGAUGUGGGCAAUGCUACCACGGUUAACUAAGAUGACAAACGCAUUAAACAUCAUACCUGCUUAAACCUCAACAUUUUAACCGUCAUCGUGUGCGUGUCAGCACACGGACAUUAGCAUCUAGCUCAAAGCACCGUGCCUAAGUACAGCCUCGCAAAAGCUGCUUGCAUUGCUGUGGACCAUAUAUCAAAUUAUUAACUUAACAUUUGACAUUCUUUGGCCUCCACCUACCUGUGAUCCUUUUUUUUCUUAAAUCUGGAUACCUACUUACAUAUUCUAGAGGCAUCGUAACGGGCCUAAAAUAUUAAUAAAACGUCUCUAGUGAUCCAUAGCAUCGUACACACACACACACAUACACACACACAUACACACACACACACACACACACACACACACACACACACACACGCUCUUUACACUCCCUAACUCUCCCUUUAAAAUGUCCUCACAGAGUGUGUGGCACAGAAGCAUUAUGCCUUGACCACCUUCGUCUUCUGGUAUGCAAAAAUGAGGAUGACUGGGCCUAUGAUUUGAAGAAAUAGAAAUAAUGAGUCAAUUUUGGAAAAGUUGUAACAAAGAAGAAAUCAAUUAUUAAACAGAUGUCCUUUGGGGGGAAAAAAGGUAAAUGUAGAAUGGCCACAACCCCUCACCCUAUUCCAAUGAGCAUAAGAAAAAAGAGGAGGCCAUUUGACGCCGUUGUUUGUAGCCAAAGAAAAUCACCACUCAUCUAAAGUGAUGCCCUAUUAUUUGCUGCCCGGAGUGAACGUGGAAAAAAUAUGCAAGGCUGGAGAGGCCAUGGGUGUAAUUACUUACAUUAUACAAUUUUUUUUUUCUUGGGAUCCUAUAUUAUGACAAUGAAAUUAUUAUUUUGCUAUCUGGGCACAAAGUAACCCAACAACAUUAUAAAAAAAUAAAAACACAUUUAGCAAAAGUAUGAACCUGAAUAUGAGCACAAUGUGUCCCCUUUAAAAUGACACAGACCACACGACCCCCAAGUGCGCCUGGAGCUUUCGAGGGGCAGUUGACUGCUCUGCCUGGUUGCUAAUCCCUCCUAAAAUCAGAAUCAGAAUGUGACUUUAAACAUGGGCUGCUGUAAUAUUCCUGACAGUAUUACAAAUGUCAGAGACUGCUCCCUUGUGGCAGGAAAGAGAUCAUGGCCAUGCCAUCAUUUUCUACCUGCUCCUUGCAGCGGCGGCGGCUGGCUAGAUGAGGUAGCCCAGGGUUUUUUCUCAACAUCAGUCUCGUCCUCCAGCUUUCGAACAUUCCCUGUUCUACGGGAUGUGCGAUUUGUGUCAGCGUGUUCCGGGGCCCUGUCCUGGUGAAUGCUCCGUACAGAAGGCCUCCCGAUUAGAGUGCAACCCAAAUGUCUUCCUUUCGUCAACCUUGUCGUCUUUCAGGACGAGGCCCGACACCCGGUGAAGGGAUCUCAUUUAGGUUGCAUUUAUCUGGAAUCUCCCUGUUUGGAUUAUUGACGAUUUAAAUUGUGGAUGGAAUUCCUUGAUUUGAGGCAGUUGAUCUCAUUCAACCCAAGGGGAGCAGUGCCCCUUUAUGACUUGAGAUGAAUGCGGGAGGUUAGUGUUGGCUGCUACUCGCUCCCAAAUUUUCCACAAUAUGACUUUCCUCCAGUUAUCUCUAAUGAUCAUACGUCAGUUUGAAAUGUGAUGAUUUUGCAAUCACAAGAAAACAAAGCCGGUUCAUUUCAUAGAAUGAGAUCAUUUAACACAAUUAUCUGAAUCCAUGUGCAUCUCAUGUGUGAGGAUGAUGACCCCCCCCCCCCCCACACACACACACACACACACACACACACACACACACUCACACGAAUUAACAUUUAGUAUAGUGAGCUGUAACCAGUUUAUUUAAUCUUUGAAAAGUUAUCUUAAUUUUUUCCCCCCUCACAAUCACAAUCUCUCUAUUAUGUUUCACAUACAGUUACCACAACAUAGCAGGUAGGGGUGUCCUUCAAGGUUACGAUAAAUUAUUGAAUUAACUUAUACUUUGUUGUCUUGUCCUCAUGUGUUAAUCCAUGUAUAUACUGUACAUUGUGCUGAAAAUCUACUGAGCUUGAGUGAAACCAGAGUGAAAAAAGUUUAAGUUAACACUUGAAUGGCCUCAAACCAUACGCUAACAAAUAGUGACCAGGUGUGAAUAUAUCUCAGAUGACCUGUCACCCGUACUUAUCACUUUACUUUGUUUAAAUUAAACGUUCUUUUUCCCGUGUACACUCGUUGUGCUCUAGUGCAAAUUCACUGCUCUCUGUGGUCGGCCUGCGUGAGUUCUGAUGUCAUCAGCCUCACGGCACGCCAUAGAGGUUGGACGUCUGUUGUUUGCCCACUAGUCUGGUAUAAUGGUUCAGGUCUUUUUCCGAAUCCGGGCCACUUUCUUUGUAAUUCAUUAGGUGGAAAAGCACGUUUUCCUCCCAUCCCAACUUCUGGGGUUCUUAAGAGGCCUCAGUUUGCUUUAAACACGGUUGGUUGCAUUACAUUUUGUCCGACAACAUGUUUGGGCAAUGGCAUCCCACUACCUCCAUGAUCUCUUUUGGAGAAUUCUUGUGUCUUUUUAGUGUGGACGUAACUAACUUGUACAAAUGGAGGUAACAUUUUUCACACCCUCCGCAGUUAUUCUAAGAGAGAGGAUUCCAGACACUUAGAAAAAGUGCUUUGUUGAAGUGCACUGAGGCCCUGAAGGUUCAGUUUUGACUUUUAGUCUUUUUGUGUACCAACCAACGGCCUUUGACCCCGAGGGUUUUUCUCGUCAUGACGGCCUCGAUUAAUUGGUUUGGUCAAUUCCAGUCAGUGUAGGGCUGACGUUUUGAGUUUGGUUUACAACACGAGUCUUCAAAGUACUUUCAAUUAACAAGACUACAUUUAAAACAUUUUGGAAUUUAAAAAAAAAAAUUCUACUAAUAAAGAUAAUAAUAAUAAAACUAAUAAUUUACUUUUGUAUGACCCAGUCAUCAUCAUAUGUGUUUCUGUGGUCUAUAAUGUGAUUGAACUGAAUUCUGUAGACUAAGGUCAAUCCCCAAAAAUGCUUUUGAUUUCUGUCAGUUCCCAUUUUCCUUUUGAUCAAAAUACAUUUAUAAAUACUGUAAAAAAGAAAAGAAAAGAGCAUUCAACCCAGUGCUUAUCAGAGUGAAUUAUAUCUAACUUAUAUUUUUGUCUGCCUGAUGUGCCCCAGAUGUUGACUUGGGUUGACUUGGAAUUGGAUAAAAUUGCAUUGUUGGUUUUGUAUGACUGUCACAAAGCCACAGUAUUAAUUAGGGUUAGCUUUUUUCAAUACUACGCGAGGGACGACUUUUAAAUAUUUAUUGUAAUUGUAACUAAUGGCUUCAUUAAUAUAAAUAUAUAAAUACAUAUAAAUAAGCCAUUCAUAAGGACAACAUUUAUUUUGGUUUUGUAUGAAACGCAGUGCGUUGUCUUGGAUUAACCCUUUAAAUGCAAUUUUAAAAUGUCGCAAAGGGUUUACAAGUUAUAACGAAUAGGUUUAUUAAUGUUCAUGAAUAAUUUAUUAAUGCUGACGACGCCAGUAACGGACACAACUUUCGGGUUACAAGAUUGUGAAAAAAAACUGCAACGUGCUGAACUCAAUUUAUCGACAUAUUGUUGAGCUUUAACACACAGACUCGAUGGCUCGGCAGAAGUUGAGGCCUGGAACACGCUUCUCUUGGCUGCUCAGACGCAAGAGACGCUUGGUGGUUGUUUCUUCCAUACUUUUUGUGUACAGCUUGACUACGUUGACCUCUGUGUUUUUGCGGGCGUUGUCGCUCUUCCCUGCGCAGAUCUGCAGAGAAGUUGACAGUCACAUGAACUCAUUUCUCAAGACGUCUUUUAUCCUAAGCGACCUAACACCUGAGCGACAACACUCACACUGCAGCACAGUGGGAGAGCGUAGAAUGCGUCUUUUUGGGAACUGGAACUCCAGCUUUAAGGUUCAUGCAAAUCGGCACGUCCUCCGAACUAAACGGCAAAACAUGUCAGUUCUUGACGCUUUAAAAAAACAAAACACGCGGCCCGUGGUGUUCCCUCGUCUCGUUCCCAUGCUCCCACACUCAUUUGUCUGUUCCUCCUGAAGUCGUUACAAAAUCUCUCUUAAAAAAAAAGACGGUUCGGGGUCUGGUUAGGUUCGGCGAGGGACGGGAACUGUCAUUGGGAGAAUUUCGUUGUAAUGAAACAAACGUUGCCUGUUGGUAGGAACUGGGCUAGUGUCAUGUGUCAGAGUUGGACACUUUGUCGACCCAUCUACUCACAGUACCAUGACCUCUGACCUACCAAGUUGUAAAACCUAUAACAACGUAGUAGCGACUGCUGCCCUCGCUCGUGGCAGAGUCACGGUCGGUGCAGUCGGUGGAAGGUCUUGCCAGACGGGCUCACUGACUCAAUAAAUAGGCAACUACAAAAGCAGCCUUCACCUGGAGGAGGAUAUAGCCCAUGUUAUGGGAUUUUUUUCACAAGCUGAUAAUCCAAAAGUCCCUCGUACAAAUGGCUCAUUGCUGCUUUGUCAAUUUUAUUCGACAUCAACAAAGCCGUUGGUUACGACUCGUGAGCCCAAACGCGGCUCCGGUUGUCAAGUAACAUUUGUAUAAAGGGGUUUAUGAUACCAUACUGCUGAGACGGGGAAGACGAGAAACGUUUAAGUUGACUUGCUCCGCCCAGUCGUGUGCCCAGGCCCGCGAACCAGGUGAAGUAUCUUCAGCUGUAGAGUCUCAGGUGUGUUUCCGGGUUUUCAGAACGUGUGGUGCCUGUGUUUACUUCACACUUUGUGUGUGCAGAAAAUAGUGCGCAAAUACACUGUACAAUAUUUUCAGAAGACAAACCUACUUUUAUGCAUAGUAUUUCUUUACUGGGUGUGGAUGCACUGUGUGCUUAAAGGGAACCUCAGAGAAGUGCCAAAAUGUUAUGACUGCUAAAUUUCUACACUCUAAACUCAAUUCGCUUGAAAAAAGUUUGAAAAAAAUAAAAAGUAUCAAAUUUCCCGUUUUUAUUUUUACAUGGGCUUUAGUUGAACAUUUAUCAAUGAGUUAAAUAUCUCUUUUUUUUUCCUUUAUACACCAGCCCCGUAGCACAAAAACAAAAGUCAAAGGUGAUAUUAUCGGUGGUUGAAUGUGAAACUUAAUUGAAUUGAAUAAUUUAACUUUUUUUUUUUGUUUUGUUUUUUUCAUUUGGCUACCUGGAGCACUUUGUUUGAAAAAAAUGUUAUGAUGGUAUAUUUUGUACGAACGUAAAUGAAAUGCGAACACAUUGUGCUGCAAACCCUGUAAGUAUUAUAGGGUUGAGUAUUAUAUUAAUGUAUGUUUUAUGAAUUACUGUACAAGCCAUUGAGUUAGUGGGUACAGCAGCAUGCACUUUAGUUGUCUUUGGCAAUAAUAGAUGCGCUCCUAUCUCCUGUAAAGUAGCAUCAACUUCAGUGAAAAAAAACAACAAAUGUUCUUGUCACACAUCUUGAUGGUCCAGAAACAAUCAUACAGUGUCAUGUAAUAUGAGCCUUUCACUGUCAGUUUGACAAUGUUUCUUCAGAGCGGAAAUCAUUUCACAUGUUUGUACAUUAAUAUACAGUGAAACUGAAACGAAGUCUAUAUUUUAUCCUCGGAACAGACGCUGAGAUUAACGCAACGAGAGGUCGACAUGACCGUGUUCUGAAUGAGUAACGGGUUGGGUUAGUUAAGUCAAGAGAUAAAAAAAAAGGUAACUAAGUACAUUUAGUAUACUAGUUUUGAAGUAGUUUUUUAUGUGAGUAAUUCCAUUUUGUGAGACCUCAUACUUUUACAUUUCAGAGGGAAAUAUUGUCCUUUUUACUUCACCACAUUAACCUUUCAGCUGUAGUGACUAGUAAUUUUGAAGACUAACAUUGUUACAUGCAAAAUAAGAUGCACUGCUAGAGUUUGAACUAACCAGUGUGAUGAUAGAAAUGUGUAGGCUUCAAAGAUGAUUUUAUUUUAAUAUGCACUCAGUGAUGCAAACCUUUAUCUCUGUACAUUAAAUCUCUCUCUCUCUCUCUGUG